AUGGCCGGAAUCAAGCCUUCUCCGGCGAGACCCAGGUCGGAAUCAGGCAACCCCAGUACUACCUUAAGAAGGUUUUCCGGCAACGGAGAGCCGGUGAAGAAGGCUGUCAGCCAGGAUGAGAAGCGUAGGACAAGGGAAGCUGAGAAGGCUGAGAAACUUAUGCACCUCGUUUGCUGGGGACCAAAGCUUUAUUCUUCAUCUUCUUCAUCAUUCUCUUCAUUAGAUAACGUUAUUGACUCGAUGAUUCAACGUAAUCAAGACGCCUUUCGUGAGAUUUUGAAUUCAGUGAACCCAGAUAUAGUAGAGCAAGUUUUUAAACCGCGUAAGAGGCGGUACAUUCAUCGUGAUCGAGAGGGAAACCACCGUCAACUAAUGAAAGAAUACUUUGAAGAGAAUUACAUAUAUCUACCAGAGUACUUUCGCAGACGAUUCAAGAUGCAACGAGAACUAUUUCUUCGUAUUUUGAAUGAUGUUAAAGCUUAUGACGACUACUUCAUCCAAAAAAGGGAUGCAAUAGGUCGUUUGGGGUUGUCUUCUAUACAAAAGAUGACAACUGCAAUACGUAUACUCGUAUAUGGUUAUGUAGUCGAUCAUUGUGACGAGUAUAUUAAAAUCGACGAGAACACUGCCAUUGAAACCCUGAUGACAUUUUGUAAGGUUGUUAUUGGUGUGUAUGGGGAAGAGUACAUGCGCCCACCCAACGAAGCCGACAUAGCACGACUACUUCAAGAAGGGGAAGAGAGAGGGUUCCUGGGUAUGCUUGGUUCUAUCGACUGUAUGCACUGGGAGUGGAAGAAUUGUCCGGUGACGUGGCAUGGCACGCACAAAGGACGCUCUCAUACGCCUACGCUCAUAUUGGAGGCGGUUGCCUCAAAAGAUUUAUGGAUCUGGCAUACAUUCUUUAGAAUGCCGGGUUCACACAAUGAUAUUAAUGUGCUGUAUCAUUCUCCGGUAUUUGACAGUAUCAUUACUGGCCAAAUUCCUCUGGUUAAUUUCGUUAUGAAUGACUAUUACCAUACAAUGGGGUAUUACCUAGUUGAUGGUACGUAUAUACCCGAGUGA